GAAAAAUCUUUUCGUUUCAACUUUCAAACUUAUAUAAUGACUUAAAUUCUAGGUAUAGCUAACAGACUGUUAUUAUAAUGUAAGAAGCUCAAACUUUAAUUAUUUCAGAAGAUGGAGAUUUGGAAGCAAAAGCAACUCGCAAUCGUCUUACUUUGUUGCGUCUCAAUUUAUGUUAUCAUGGGAAAUAUUAAAGAAAAUUUGAUGCCACAAUACACUACUAGCCAACGUUAUCCAUACAUGCUCAAGGAUAAUUCAUCUCUCUCGGAAGCAAAACGAACUUUCAUAGAGAAAAACGACUCAAAAUAUGUCAACAAUAACACCAUUUUGAAACAGACAUUCACAGAAGAAAAAGAAUCAUUAACUACGACUAAGGCAAAAAUGGUCAAUACAACGUCUACCGUUAUAACUACCACAAACACCUUCACAACCACAGAAACAACAACACUGGAUACUACAACGUCUAUUGGAAUACCUAGAAGUCCUUUAUUGAGGAAUUUAGACUGUAAAGGAAUUAUGGACGGAAACAACGAAGCUGUUAAAAAAGCUAGGAGGGAAGUUGCUUUGAUUAAUUCAGAGCAACUUGAGGAAAGAAAAAAGAAAUAUCUUUCUGACGAAAGAGUUGCAGAAUGGACAAAGAAUUGUUCUUAUUUCAAAAGUAGAAGGAAGUAUAUCACUCAGCCUUUGAGCGAAGAAGAAGAGAAAUAUCCAAUCGCAUACAUCAUAAGUGUUUACAAGAGCCUUCACUCAUUUGAGAAUCUUCUUCGAUUGAUAUAUCAUCCUCAGAAUAUAUAUUGCAUUCACAUCGAUCAAAAAUCAGAUCCAACUUUUCAGAAACGAGUUAAAGAAAUUGCAGAUUGCUUUGAUAAUGUUUUUCUAGCUUCAACAAUGACGAAAGUAUAUUACACACAUUGGACGAUUGUUCAGUCCAGUUUAAACUGUUUGACGGAUCUUAUAGGAAUGGAGAAAUCUCACCAAUGGAACUACGUAUUCAACUUAUGUGGUCUUGAUUUCCCAACAAAAACAAAUCUUGAGAUUGUUCGGGCUUUGAAGAAUUUAAACGGUACUAACAGUGUGGCUUCUGCAAAUUUUGUUGACAGGGAAAAUAAAUUGCUCAGGUUUAAGUAUGAAUUCAAACUUCCAACCAAAAUAGUGACUGGACACGAAUGGUUAACUGCAACAUAUGUUAAAAAGAGUCCACCACCUCAUGGAUUCCAGAUGUUCUCUGGGACGGAUUAUUUUAUUUGGUCAAGAAAGGCCGUGGAAUAUUUUAUGAAUGAUUCUAAAAUAAGAGACUUUUUUGAAUGGAACAAAAAUACGUUAGUACCAGAUGAGCACGUAUGGGCGAGUAUUCAACGAAUGUAUCCUCAAGUACCAGGGAGUCUCCCACCAACACCGGACUUUCGAACAACAGAAAAUGAUGUAAUCACAAGAACUAGAGUUUGGGGUGAUGCUGUAUAUAGAUGCAAGUCACGUUAUGUGCGAGCUAUAUGCAUAUUUGGUGUGGCUGAUCUACAUUGGCUUGUGGCGCAGAAAGGGAUUUUCGCAAAUAAAAUGGACUCACAAGUUGAUGCCGUGGCAACUGAAUGUUUGAGUGAAUGGUUACGAAAUCGUACUCUUGAAAAUACGUCUUUGUAUAAAACAUAACUUGAUAAGAAAGUGGUGCCGUGGAUCGUUUUGUUAUUAUGCUGUUGUUGUUGUUGUUGUUAUUUUUUUUAUUUUUUUUUAUAUCUUUUUGAUUGUUAAAAAAAUCCCUUUUUACAACUGGGCCAACUACUUUUAAAAUUUCCCGUGUUUAAAACUUUUGUUGUCGCUAAAAGGUUAUCACUUUUAUUUAUUUCAAAAAUGUCAGUAAACUCAAUGAAAAAUGGAAUUUGUUUUCACUAUAAAAUUUUUGCGAUGACAUCAUCAAAAAUAAAGAUUGCGCACCACGUGGCGGUUCCGCGUUCGCGAACGUUGCGAUCCGGAAGACUACGGUGCCGGUAUUGCAAAAAAAUUGGAUACCCAUACUACUCCGUUUUAGCCUUCGUUUCCAUAUAUUUGAGCAUUGCUCCCUUGAUUAUUAGUAAUACAUCCACUGUCUAAGAAUAUCUGCAAGUAUACUUGCCAGUACAUCCAAAUAUAUGCUUGGGAAAUUGAUCAAAUUAUCAUGUUGCGCUCAUUCAAAAUCAACACAAAAAACUCAACUCCUUUUGUGAUUCAAACACAAUUUCGCGGACACAGGGCUGUACAACGUUGCCUAUGAUCUUGGCUAUCCGCAACAAUUAUUGCAUGUAUUAGAAAUUAUGCUUAGAAUUAGAAAGUUUGUGCUAAUUGCCAUGCAGUGUAUUUAUGCAAAAUUGUUAUUUGUUGCUUAAUGACUUUCCAUCCGACUUAUGGACCGAUAAAUUUCAGAUUUUCAUUCUAAAAAAGAUUAAAAUCGUUUAAAUUAUAUCACUUUUGUUUGAUUUUUUAAAUAUUCUUUUGUUAUUAUGAGUUUCAAUAUCUCAACUGAAAUUUCCGCUGCGUGUUAUUCCGCCAUCUUUUCGACCAAUGUCGUACCGGUACUGAUGUAAAUUACCACGGUAGUGGGAAGCAUUUGAAUGAUUAGACCAGAUUAUCUGAUAUGGUUAUUUAUUUGACAGUACAUAGUACAUAGAUAGUGUUCAAUAAAUAUUCCCAUGUUAUACAAAUGGUUGUUCAUUAGGAUAUAUUUGUUGCUUAAUAGCAUAAACAUUUUUUUAUUUUUUAUUUUUUCAUAUUCCUGUUUUGUAGUUACUACGUGCAA